CGUCAUUUUGUAGAGCGUUUUUUACUGCAUCUUUUCUUCAUAGAGACAAAUUUACAACCACUUGUUUCACUAUAGAAAAAUUUAUUAUUCAAAUCGAGUCAGGACUUCUGGCCCACCCUUUAAGGUAGAAGAUCAUACUCAAGGUUAUUGUGCAAGCAUAUUUAAGGCUAUGGUGCAAGAAUAUGCCAGGCUAUGGUGCGAGAAUAUUCAAGGUUAUUGCGUAGAGCAUGGUCAUCAUUGGUGGGAAGGCUCAUGUUUUAUGUUUUUACCUGAAGAAAUCGGUGUUUCCCCACAAGAACUUCAUGGUUUUUCCUGAAGAACAUAUGUGAGCUUUGAUUGUUUAUUGCAAUAUAAUUGACGUUGUUGAGUGAAUAACAGUUGGAAAAACUGUAGGGAAAAAAUGUUUCCCUGUUUCACUGUUUCCCCCUAGUCAAUAAUUCAAAAUCAGUCUAUUUUGGAAUGUGUUCAACUUCUGAAGGCAAUUAUUUUAAGCGGAAAGAAAUAAUCAGUUUCUAAAUCAAGCGAAGAAAAUAAAGUGAAUCUUUGCCAGAAUGAAAUCCCUUUUUUAUUUCUUAACUUAACCUUUAAAAUCGACAACAUAUUAUAUGACUAAACUCAUGUUGUGUUGUUUGUUCUGUAGGAUGAAUGUUUUUUCUUUCGUUCUAUACUGCAAGAUUUACGUUGUGUUUUUUCUACUUGGAAAAACUCAACUUGGAAUCUUUUAUUGAUUCUCUAUUUAACAUUUGAAUAAAGCAGAGAAAAGAAAAAAACAUUCUGGAAACUUUAAUAAUAACAUGGGACAAUAUUUCUUAUGUUGGCUUCUUCCACUGUCGGAUUCACCGACAAAUUUUGCACCUGGUGCCCAAUUUUUAUCUAAUUUGGUUCAGCGCCGAGCAAGCACCAAAUUUUCUAAUGAGUACAAUAAAAGGACGCAGUAUCGUUAAGUAUAAAAGGGAGAAAGUGUAUAAUCUAUUUCAUUGAAAAAAAAAGAUGAGUAGAAUCAUAUAAUCUGUUAUAAAUCGUGAGAUUUUCGAGAAACUAGAAUUUUGUCGAGACAAUCAUCGGUAUUCUGCAUAUUUAAGAAAUUAAAGUUUCAAAUCUGUUUAAAAUUAUUACUCUGGGAAAAUUCAGAACUUUUAUAUAGAAACAAAAGUGAGAUCUAUUUAAAUACGUUUUUUUAUAUUGUCUAUUGUAUCCUAUUUGCAUGUAAGAUCUUCCGAAAUAAAAUGAGGAAACUCUCACAUAAUAUACGGUAACAAUUCGUUGAACGUGCUAGAUGAAGAUCAAUAUUUAGAAUUUAAUUAUCCGUAUGAAAAAUUAAAAUGUUUAUUUUUUUCAGAACGACAUCGAAAACAUCUAUUACACAAAGCGAUACUCGCAGGAUGGCAUCACAGACACCUAAAAAUCAACAAAAUGCUAGCAAUGAUAAAUUAAAUAAAUAUAGAGAUAUUUUCGCUGAUAUAGGUUAUAAUUACCAUAUCACGAAGAAUAUAAUUAAAUUUUGGUCGGAUGGAUUUGCAGUACGUCAAGCUUUACAUGAAAGUUUGACAAAAGUAUUAAAUGAAAUUCAACAAAAUAGUUGUGAAUCUAACUUACGUUGGCAAAAACAUCAAAAACUUCAAGAAGAAAUUAAAGUAAAUUGUACAAGAUAUUUAACUCAUUUUCAAUCAGAGUAUGCACCAGAUUGUCAUCAAGAAUUUCAACAACUUUCAGAUCAAUGUUUCGGUGACAAUUCAAAUGAAGUUGAUCAAACAAAAAUAAAUCAGUUGAUAAAAAAAAUGGAUACUGAAAUGAUAAAAAAAUUUGAAGAUUCAUUAUCACAUCAAGUGUGGGGUGCGACAUUUUCAUUAAUAGCAAUGUGCAUAAUGGUGCAAAAAACAUCUGGUGAAAUCAAGAAUAGUAAAACAUAUCGUGAGUCAGACAAAUUACGAUCAUCAAUCCAGAAAGUUGAAGAUGGUAUCGAAGAAUCAGAAUCAUAUUUAAAACCUUAUGAAGUACCGAUUAAUAGAUUAAGUGACUUAAUUCGCACACAAGAGUCUUAUUCUGCAUUAAGAGAUUUAAAAUAUGGCAAACAGGCAAUUGAUUUUGCAAAACGAGAGUUAUAUAUGAUUUUAUCAGAAAUCGAUGCCCAUUCAGAAUCAAUUCAACAACGUAAAGAUAUUAAUGUGCAUAGGAUUAUAAACAAUACAAUAAAAUUAAUUGGAAAUGGUGUUCUAUAUAUGCAAACACCAAGAGCUUUAUUAACAUCAGCAGCUCUUGCGUCAUAUGGUGCCAUAACUGGCAUUGAGGUAACAUCGAUAGCUGGUCAUGCAUUCGGUGUAUACUGGUCACAAGAAGAAUUAACUAAAUUAAGUGAAUUAAAACAAGAUAUGAAUGAAUUACAAGAUUGUGUCAAUGAUAUAUUUUUAACAAUAUCAUUGAUCGAACAGAAAUUGACAAUUAUCGAUUAA